UACGUUCAUUUUAUACUGGUCACGUCUGAUGUCUAACUAUCCUUUAUAAUGUUUCUGUUCUAGAGAAAAUAGAGACACAGAGCAGGGAACUUAUACACGCGCCAGUCAUGUUAAUGUCACACGACAGUUGAGCGCACUUUACGGCAGUGGCUGAUGUGGGCGCACGACAGUUGAUCACAAUGUGCGGCAGAGGCAGUGGCUUAGGUGAUGAGAUUUGAUUUGGCUGCUGUGGGAUCUCUAAAGGUUUUCUGUCUGAAUGACAGUAAAGCUGACUUGACGUGACGUCUUGUUUUGUCAGACUGUUGUGUUGAGUGUUUUGAUGUUUCCGGUUCUGAGGCGGGUGGGAUUGCGAGCGUUCUCCAUGGCAUCAGAAACAUAUUCACCUGGCACACACUCUGCUGCCUUCGUCACCUGCCCUAAUGACACAGUGGCCAAAGAACUUGCUAGAGGAAUCGUGGAGAGGAAACUGGCUGCAUGUGUGAACAUCAUACCGAAGAUCAUAUCUGUGUACGAGUGGCAUGGGAAGAUUGAAGAAGACAGUGAAGUUCUGCUGAUGAUUAAGACGAGAAGUUCAAAGGUUUCAGUUCUGGCUGAAUAUGUCAGGUCGAAUCAUCCGUAUGAGGUGGCAGAGGUGAUCAGUUUGCCCAUUGAUCAAGGAAACCCGCCGUAUCUGAAAUGGAUCAGUGACACUGUACCCGAGUGACCGGACCUUCUCUCACACGCUGCACUUCAAACUCUUUACAGCCGUCUAAACUGAAAAUAAGAAUGAGACCUUAAGUUUCUUGCCUUUGAUGUUUAUCUCUAGAGUAAAUCGUGUCUUUCCACAACACACCACACGUGAACUAUUAAAGAGCGUGAUGUACGAGCA